AUGGAUACUAUUAUUGGUUGUGUAACAGACUUAUUGCCAGAAAAAUCACCACUUGAUAAUCCAAAAGAAGUUAUCAAAUCAGUACAAACUCGUUUGAAAAAUACUAAUUCAGAAGAACACAUUAGAGCAAUUUCUGAUGCGGUGCAGGUAGCACGAAAUCACCAGAAAUUAUUAAAACCACAUAUAAACUUGAUUAACCAAAAAAUUGUCCAAUUUCUUAACAGUCAACGAAUUUUAUAUGUCCGAUUAGCGUGUCAGUCAGCUGGCGAACUUUUUAGGACAAUGCGGUGUACAGAUCGACCAUUAUUUGAUAGCAUUGUUACUGGACUUAUGAACCGUACAGCGGAUAAAAAUCAAAACAUCCGUAUUGAUGCGAAUUGGGCACUUGAUAAAAUGGUGAUCAGUAUCCCACCAUUAUAUUCCAUAAGUUCAAUAGCUAACUGUAGUCAACACAAAAAUCCGGCUGUUAAAAUAGCACAGUUGCGACUGAUGCAUUGUGUUACUGUAAUUGCAGAUCCAAUUAAAAUAUUAAGUGGAAUAACCGGACUAAAAAAAGCUAGACAAUUAAUUCUUAAAAAUUGUGUAGCUACAAUAGAAGAUGCAAAUGCAGAAAUCAGGUUUCUGUCAAAAAAGCUCAUGCAACUUUUAAAAAGUACUUGUUAUGAAAGUUUCUGCUCUUCAUUAGUUCAAGAUAUUAGUUGGGAUGAAUUGAAAAUUGCUGAAAAGAAUUUAAAUAUGGAAGAUUUAGCUGAUAUUUUGAAGAAAAAUAUUAAAUGA